CCGGGUGUCUGCGCGCAAACAUGCCCACGGGCGCGCGGCCCGGCCCUCCGCGUGCGCGCGCCUCCCUCCCCGCGGAGCGCGCCGGGGCGGGGCCUCCGGGGGCGGGUCCGGCCGGGCCGCGCGGGGCCGCCCAGCAGCGAGCGCGAGGGGCUCGCGGAGUCCGAUCGCGGGCGGCCGCGCGGGAUGCUGCCCUGGACGGCGCUCGGCCUGGCGCUGGGCCUGGCGCUGGCGCGGGCGCGGGGCGCGGGGCCGGACCCCAGGCAGCCGCCCCCCAGGGGGACCUGCUCUUUCUGCUGGACAGCUCGGCCAGCGUGACUCACUAUGAGUUCUCCCGGGUCCGGGAGUUCCUGGGCCAGCUGGCGGCCCCCCUGCCCCUGGGCCCCGGGGCGGUGCGUGCCAGCCUGGUGCACGUCAGCAGCCGGCCCCACUCGGAGUUCCCCUUCGACCGGCACGGCUCGGGGGCCGCCGUCCAGGACGCCAUCCUCACCGCCGCCCAGCGCAUGGGCAACACCAACACGGGCCUGGCGCUGGCGUACGCCAAGGAGCAGCUGUUCGCCGAGGCCGCGGGGGCGCGGCCCGGCGUGCCCAAGGUGCUGGUGUGGGUGACAGACGGCGGCUCCAGCGACCCCGUGGGGCCCCCCAUGCAGGAGCUGAAGGACCGGGGCGUCACCGUCUUCAUCGUCAGCACCGGCCGCAGCAACCGCCUGGAGCUGUCGGCCGCCGCCUCGGCGCCCGCCGAGCGGCACCUGCACUUCGUGGACGUGGACGACCUGCCCAUCAUCGCCGGCGAGCUGCGGGGCGCCAUCCUUGACGCCAUGCAGCCCGGGCAGCAGCAGCCGCAGCUCCGCGCCUCGGAGGUCACGUCCAGCGGCUUCCGCGUGUCCUGGCCGCCGCUGCUGACCGCGGCCUCGGGCCACUACGUGCUGGAGGCGGCCCCCGCCGCCCAGCCCGCCGCCGCGCGCCGCCAGCAGCUGCCGGGCAGCGCCACGAGCUGGGCCUGGGCCGGCCUCGCCCCCGACACCGACUACCGCGUGGAGCUGCGGCCCGAGCCCCACCUGCGGCCCGCCGCGCCGCUGCUCCUGCGCGUGCGCACGCUGCCCGAGGAGGCCGGGCCGGAGCGCCUCGUGGUGUCGCACGUGCGGCCGCACAGCCUGCGGGUGAGCUGGGCGCCGGCGGGCGCGCCCGGCUACCACGUGCAGGCGGGGCCGCUGCGGGGCGGCGCGGCGCAGCGCGUGGAGGUGCCCGCGGGCCGCAACAGCACGGCCCUGCGCGGCCUGGCGCCCGGCACCGCCUACCUGCUCACCGUGACGGCCGCCUUCCGCUCCGGCCGCGAGAGGGCGCUGUCCGCCACGGCCUGCACCCCCGAGGCCGAGCGCGCCCGCGCCCCGCGCCCCGCGCCGCCGCCGGGGCCCGGGGCCCGGGGGCCGUGACCGCCGCAGCCGCAGCCCGGGCCCCGCUCCCGGCGCCCGAACAGGGUCUCGUCCCGGGGCUCGGGGUGCGGGCUCGGCCUCCGCGUGACCCCGAGUCCUCGCUCCGCGGCCGGACCGGCCGCCGCAGCUCCGGCCGCAGCGGCCCCGCCUGCCCGCCCCGCGGGGACACUCACCCGGCGGCGCCCUUUGGGCGGAGGCAGCGGGGAGACGGAGGGGAGACGGAGGGGGGUCUGGGCGGCGUGAGGAAUCGGACCCGGACAGGCCCAGGCACAAGCCCAGGACGGAGGGCGGGGCGGCCGGGCUCCCGCUGGGCGAAGGGCCCGGGUCCAGCUGGCCGCCCGGGUCCAGGGAGUCGCUAGAAGGUGGACGGGGGCUGGGUCCCGCCAGGUCCCCCGGGGCUUCCGGGAGGAGCCAGGACCCGCAGAGGCGGGAAGAGGGUUUGGGGGUGCGGUCAGCGGCCGGCAGGUCCACAGGUGCCCUCACCCGAGGUCACUGGCUGCAGGGCCAGGGCCCGGCACCGGGACCCCGGAGGCAGCGCUGGCACGGAGCCCCCUCUGGCUUCUGAUGGGGUCCUCCCUGCUGGGGGUCAGCAGGUGUCUCCCCCCCACCCCGGAUUGCACCCCAGCGAUGCUCUCCCUCUUCAGUCAUUGCUCACUCUGGGGGCCCCAGGCAUCCUCUGCCUCCGCCCCACUAACACCCGCACCUUCCAGUACCGAUUAAACCGGAUGUAAACCGAG